AUGCGGUUAAAUGCGGCUUCGGAUGAUAGUUUCUACUUGGGUCUUCCUUGCAUCAUGGGGAAAAAUAAAAAUGCCAUUCUUGGCUUUUUGAAGGAAAAGAUGAAGAAGAAGAUCUUCAGUUGGGAGACUAAGUUUUUAUCGAAAGCUGGCAAAGAAGUUUUGAUUAAGUUAGUAGCACAAGCCUUACCAAGUUAUGCAAUGAGUGUCUUUCUCUUGACUCAAGACAUUUGUUCGAGCCUUGAAGACAUGAUGGCAAAGUUUUGGUGGAAAUCCCAAUCGAACUCUUCUAGUAGGGGAGUGAGUUGGAUUAGUUGGAAGAAGCUUUGUCAACAUAAAGAUGUUGGUGGUCUUGGCUUUCGUGAUCUUCGUGACUAUAACCUCUCUUUUUUGGGCAAACAAGGUUGGCGUUUGCUUACUAUGGAGGACACAAUUGUGGCGAGGAUUUAUAAAGCACGGUAUUUCCCUCAUGUUUCUUUCCUUAAUGCCGAACUAGGACAAAACCCAAGUUUCAUUUGGCGGAGUAUUUGGGCGACUCAAGAUCUUGUAAAGCAAGGAGCUAGAAGAGUUAUUGCUAAUGGAACAGCGGUUAGUAUUUUACAUGAUCCUUGGUUACCCAAUGAUUCUAAUCCGUUUGUUUUGUCCACUAAUCCGGGCCUAGUUGAUCAAUAUGUGUCUAGUUUGAUGAUAACUGGAGAGCGGUCUUGGGAUGUUGAGCUUCUUAAUGAUAUGUUUGAAGAGCGUGAUGUCAACUUAAUUAGAAGUAUUCAACUUAGUUAA